AUGCCCAGAAGUGAAAUAACCAUCCAUGUCAGCGAACAGAAUAAAGCGACCACGGACAACGUUGAAUACAGCUGUGGAGCUUGUGACGAACAGGACGACUCACGAAUGGUACAGUGUGAUAAGUGCGACCACUGGUUCCAUUACGACUGCGCAGGAGUUGGAGAAGAUAUCGUAGAUAAGGAUUUUCUCUGUUCAAAUUGCCAACCUUCAAAAGGUGCCAGGAAGAAACGUCUGACUAACGUCACUCGUGGUGUGUCCGCAGUCACUCAAGAAACUGCACUGGAAAAUCAAGUAUUGACGGGAGCUAUGCCUCAGCCAUCUGCCGUUACAAUGGUAUCUGCGUCUGUGACAAAUAUGCCAGCUUUAGAUCUCUUUCCACCGUAUACUAUGAGCGCACCUCAAAAAGCUACAGUGACAAGAACACAGAUACCGGUUACCAAAUCGCGCCCACCGAGCGUACGCCUAACUACCAACCAAGCUCGCUGUCUUGCAGUACCAUCUGGUCUUCAUUCCACUCAAAUGAUGCAGCCAAUUCCUACAGCAAGCAUUCCAACAGCUACCAGUAUCGUAGUUCCUAGAGAAACAUGCCCUGCUCAGUUUACAGAAAUCCUACAGGAAAACACGCAGCAAGAUCCUGUGGAACCCGCAAGAAGCUGUACAAGGGUACCAAGCUCUAAGCGAUCGACGAAACAACGACAGUUAGAACUGGAAUUGCAAUUGCUAGACCAAGAAAGAGCGCUCGAGGAACAAGAGGAAAAGAAGAAGCGAGAAUACUUGCGUAAACGGUACGAUUUGUUACGAGAAAUCGCUAAUGAUAAUAAUUCAGUAGCAAGCAUCGAAGAGGACAGAUCUCAAACCAGAGUAGCAGAAUGGGUACAAGGUGUUACCCGUACGAACGAAGCUCAAGCACAGCCUGAUGAAACGAGGUGUCGACAGAGUCGUGAUAAUGUUGAUUGGAGAUUUACGUCCGCUCCACAACAAAGAUCACAAAUCCCACCGGGACCAAUUCGGACCACAGAGGUAGACGAAAACAGUGUAACAAGUGAGGUACAGCCGCGCGCUACCAUCAAAGCAUGUGCGGCUUGCAAAGGCGACUGUUACAGUUUGGAAAAAUGUCAGCGUUUUAAAGAUCUUGAAUACAAUGCAAAAUGGGCCAUCGUGAAGGACUGUGGGCUUUGCAGAAAAUGCCUUCGUAGACAUAAAGGAGCCUGCAAAAAAGAGCAAAUAUGUGGAAAGAACGGGUGUACUUACAAGCAUCAUCAACUCCUUCAUAAUGACCGGCGAACACUCUCUGACACAAGUGGACAGAGCUUCUCAGAUCCUGUCGCAAAUGCCGCAGAUCAUGACUGUAAUCUGCAUCUUAAGAACGUUCACAAGGUUCUAUUUCGUGUAGUUCCGGUUGUCCUAUACGGCCCAAAGAAGUCACUUCGAACAUACGCAUUCCUUGAUGAUGGAUCAUCGUUAACGCUUAUUGACGCGGAUGUAGCCAAGGAGUUAAAUGUCGAAGGAGUGCCUGAGCCACUAUGCUUAAAAUGGACAGGAAAUAAGCGCCGCCAAGAAAACGACUCGAUCAGAAUUGACAUCGAUAUUUCUGGGACUGGAACGAACCGUGAUAAGCAUCGCCUACAUGGUGCUCACACAGUAUCAAAUCUCGACCUAUUCCGUCAAUCUCUUAACGUACAGCAGCUAACCGAGAAGUAUAACUACUUACGUGGCAUUCCUGCCGAAUCAUAUCAAGCCAUACAACCUAAGAUACUGAUAGGAAUUGAUAACGCCAACCUUAGCUAUCCACUGAAGGGAAAAGAAGGAAAAAUUCAUGAACCCAUCGCGACGAAAACGCGGCUCGGUUGGGUUAUCCAUGGAGGGUCCGACGAAGAUACUGUUUUCGUUGGUCACCACAGUUGGAAUUUGUGUUCAUGCAGUGAAAAAAUCGAUAAUCUGUUGAAUCAGUCUGUUCGCGAUUACUUCUCUUUAGAAGGACUAGGCAUUUCCAAAACAGAGAACAUUGUAGCGUCUACUGAAGAUAAGCGAGCCAUUCAAAUCUUGCAAUCGUUUACACAAACAAAUAGCGGACACUACGAAGCCCGUCUGUUAUGGAAAUACGAUCAGUUUAGGUUGCCAAAUAGCAAGCCUGUCGCGCUGCAGCGUCUGCGUUGUCUAGAAUCUCGACUAAAAAAGGACCCAAGCUUAUCCACUGUCAUUCGAGAGAAGCUUAAUGAAUAUUUGCAAAAAGGGUACAUCCGCAGGUUACCUGAAGAAGAGCUAAAUGAACCCCGAAAGCGCGUCUGGUAUCUGCCUAUAUUUCCAGUCUUCAACCCAAAUAAACCUGCGAAAGUACGCAUCGUAUGGGACGCAGCUGCUAAAACCAAAGGCAUAUCGCUUAAUAUGAUGCUUCUCAAAGGACCGGACCAACUAACAUCUUUGAUUUCGGUAUUGCUUCAAUUUCGGGAAAAUAAAGUGGCCAUUUGUGGUGACAUCAGAGAAAUGUUUCACCAAGUGUUCAUUUCGAAGGAUGAUCAGGAUUGUCAGCGAUUUCUGUGGAGGGAAAAUCCGUCGGAUAAGCAGCCGAGUACGUACAUCAUGCGGGUCAUGACGUUUGGGGCCAGCUGUUCACCGAGCUGCGCCCAAUACGUGAAGAACCAAAAUGCAGAAAACCACAGAGGACAGUAUCCGGCAGCAGUCAACGCGAUCAUUAAAAACCACUACGUCGAUGACAUGUUGGCAAGUACCGAGACAGAAGAAGAGGCUUUCCUUCUAGCCCAACAAGUUCACCAUGUCCAUGCGCAAGCUGGGUUCGAAAUGAGAAACUGGAUGUCAAACUCCACCGCAGUAGUCUCAGCCCUCCAGAACGAACGAACAGAUGUGAAAAAUCUUAACCUAGGAUCAGAGCUGGCGACCGAAAAGGUCCUAGGAAUGUGGUGGUGUACGACCACUGAUAUGCUCAUGUACAAGUUGUCCUCGAAACACGACGUAGAGUUGCUGUCUGGAAAGCGACGACCAACAAAAAGGGAAGUCCUAAGGACAUUAAUGGCUAUUUUUGACCCCCUCGGACUAGUAUCUAAUCUGCUAAUAUUCUUGAGAAUCCUGAUGCAAGAAAUCUGGCGAACUGGAAUACAAUGGGACGAGGAAAUACCAUGCCAUUUAUUUGAAAAAUGGGAGCACUGGUUAGAAGUACUACCAACAGUGAGCGAUGUAUGUAUACCGCGGUGUUAUCGCCUCUUAACAUCAAUUAGUCCGAAAACAGUAAUACAGCUACACACAUUUGUUGACGCGAGUGAAGCUGGUUACGCCGCGGUCGUCUAUUUGAGAUUUCAGCAAGGCGACAAUGUGGAGUGUGCCAUAGUGGCUGCCAAGUCACGAGUAGCCCCGUUAAAGUACGUCUCCAUUCCAAGGCUUGAGCUACAGGCGGCAGUUAUCGGAGUGAGGCUAGCAAAUACCAUUAUAAGCAGCCUAUCGUUCAAAGUGGAUCAGCGACACUUUUGGACUGACUCUCGCAAUGUUUUAUGCUGGAUCCGAUCUGACCAUCGUAAAUAUUCUCCAUACGUCGCGUUUCGUGUCAGUGAGAUCUUGGAGACGAGCAACAUAGGCGACUGGAAAUACGUGAGUUCGAAGGAAAAUGUAGCCGAUGAGGCGACGAAAUGGUCGCGACGACCGGAGCUAGGAAGUAAAAGUCGUUGGAUUAAAGGACCUGUCUGGCUGUGGAACUCAAAUCGGGAAUGGCCAGAAGAACCACCGAUAUCUGACGCUACGAGAGAAGAAUUGCGCGCUACCGUUUACUAUCAUUGUUUCAUUCCCAAACUGCCAGUGGAUGUAAUGGAAUUUGCUAAGUGGAGGCGGCUAGUUCGUGUGUUUGCUACGGUUUUAAGAUGUGUUGGAAAUUUCCGCUGCACCAUUACGGGUAUGAAACGCACAUAUGGUCCACUUACUAGUCAAGAACUAACCCAAUCGUCGAACCUGCUUAUUAGAUCCGCACAAAAUGAUUCGUUCUCACAGGAAAUCAUUACGCUAUCCGGUAAACAACCCAAUCUUUCGAAAUCCAGCGCGUUAUAUAAGUUGAAUCCAUUUCUCGAUGAGCAUAAUGUAAUAAGAAUGCAGGGCAGGAUUAGCGCGUGUGAGUAUGCCACUAUGGAUGCCCGAAACCCAAUAAUAUUGCCGAAAAAUCACUAUGUCAGUAAGCUGAUUGUGCAAGAUUACCAUGAGCGUUACCAUCAUCGUAAUCAUGAGACAGUGGUCAAUGAAUUACGACAAACGUUCUGGAUUCCAAAGCUUCGUGUACUAUUCCGAAAGGUUAGGUCACACUGCCAGAUCUGCAAAAACUUGAGAGCAGCGCCCCAUCCUCCUUUAAUGGGCGACCUUCCGAAAGCAAGACUCGCGGCGUUCACAAGGCCGUUUUCCUUUGUGGGCGUGGAUUAUUUUGGUCCAUUAACUGUGGUGGUCGGUCGGCGAAUAGAAAAACGUUGGGGUGUGUUGGUAACAUGCUUAACCACACGAGCGGUACAUUUAGAGAUAGCUCACACCCUGAGCGCCGACUCAUGCAUAAUGGCUCUCAGGAACUUCAUGGCAAGACGAGGAAAACCGUUAAAAAUUAUAAGCGAUCGUGGAACUAACUUCACAGCGACUAACAAGGAACUCAUGGCUGCGCUAAAGAUGAUGGAUCAAGACAAAGUACUGCAAGAAAUAAUCAGUCCUGAAACAGAAUGGCAAUUUUUGCCACCAUCUUCCCCUCACAUGGGAGGCUCCUGGGAGCGUCUGGUGCAGAUAGUGAAAACAAACCUGCUUCAAAUCAAUCAGCAACGUCCGUUAACCGAUGAGAUACUUCGAAAUUUAUUAACGGAAAUAGAAAACCUUAUCAAUUCGCGGCCGCUGACGCAUGUCCCGGUAGACAACCCUGAGGCUCCUGUCCUAACGCCGAAUCAUUUUAUCUUGGGAUCGUCGAGCGGACUUAAGCCAGCAUCAAACCUAAAUGAUAGCGCAUUAGUUCUGCGACGUUCAUGGCGUACAUCACAAAUUGAAGCCAAUGUGUUUUGGCGUCGGUGGUUACGAGAUUACAUGCCAGAUUUAGUCAGGCGUACGAAAUGGUACACUGCAGUUAAGCCAAUAGAAGUGAAUGAUAUCGUGGUGGUGGUUGAUCCAAAACUACCUCGCAACUGCUGGCCGAAGGGCCGGAUCAUCAGUGUCAGGAAAGGAAAUGAUGGACAGGUGAGAGCGGCCACUGUGCAAACGCAAAACGGAGUUUAUGAGCGCCCUGCUACCAAGUUGGCGGUGUUAGAUGUUCGACGCGACACGAAGGUCAGCAGACGUGGCGGAACGCGUGUACCCACUGGACACACUGGCGGAGCUUCGGAUUCCAUUAAUCACGUGGCAAUCGAGAAAUCAGUGAGCAAUUAG